AUGAAAAUCUUAUCAUGGAACUUCCGGGGGAUUGGCAACCCCUGGACAGUUAGUGCUCUCCGGAAUUGGUGUUGGAGAGAGAUGCCGGAUAUCGUGUUCAUAAUGGAGACGAUGAUUGACUCUAAGAAACUUGAAGGAGUUCGAAAUAGGUGUGGGUUCGCAAACGAUGUUUGUUUUAGUAGCAAUGGGACGUCGGGGGGCAUGGGGUUAUGGUGGAGGGAUGUGAAUGUGGCAGUUAAUUCCUACUCAAAACACCAUGUGGAGGCAGAAGUGAGAGGGGAUGAUGGGGGAGCCUUGUGGAAAGCCAUUGGUGUAUACGGGUGGCCAGAGAUGGAGGAAAAGUAUAAGACAUGGGAGCUGAUGAAGAGCUUGAAGGGUAAUAGUUCCCUUCCAACGGUCAUGUUCAGCGAUUUUAACGAGAUACUUGGCAUGCAUGAGAAGCAGGGAGGAGCAGUUAGAAGGGAGCGCUUUAUUGAUGCGUUUCGGGAGGUUAUUGACUCGUGUGCAGUGAGGGACUUGGGAUAUAAGGGGAGCAUUUUCACAUGGGAGCACGGUAAUUCUAUGGAGACGAGAGUUCGUGAGCGGUUGGAUAGGUUUUUGGCGGAUGAUGGGUGGACAACACUAUUCCCCUAUUUUGAGGUACUUCAUUUCCCUAUAUACCGGUCUGACCAUGCCCCGAUUUUGCUAAAGUUUGGUAAAGAGAAUAGAAGAAACAAGAAUGGCAAAGUGUUUCGCUUUGAUGCGAUGUGGUUGUCAAAUGAGGAGUGCGGGGGUGUGGUCUCAAAGGCGUGGCAGAACUCUAAUGGGGGAAAUAUUGUAGAGAGAAUUGGUGCGGUGGCGAGUAGCUUGUCAAAAUGGGCAUCAUCCACUUUCGGUGCUAUGAAGAAAAAGAUUCGGGAGGUGGAAAGUAGGCUCAAAUGCCUACAGGCUCGUGCCCACGAUGCAAGAGUACUCGAGCAGUGUAGAGAGGCGGCGGAUGAACUAGAUGAGCUUCAUAGAGUGGAGGAAUCCUAUUGGUAUGCAAGAGCGUGGGCAAACGAACUUCGGGAUGGUGAUAAAAAUACUAAGUAUUUCCACCAUAAAGCGUCGCAACGACGUAAACGGAAUGCAAUACUUGGUUUGAAUAAUGAGCAGGGUGUAUGGAGUACCAAACCGGAGGAGAUAGAGGGUAUCAUUAAAAGCUAUUUUGAGGAGUUGUUUGCUACCAGUAACCCCACAGGGUUCGAAGAGGCGUUGGAAGGUAUUGAGGAGCGGGUGUCGGGUGAAAUGAAUGACAGGUUGGAGGAGGAGCCAUCGGGGGAAGAGAUUAGGGCAGCUCUAUUUGAAAUGCACCCAAAUAAGGCGCCGGGUCCGGACGGGAUGCAUGCGUUGUUUUUUCAGAAGUUUUGGGGGGUCCUAGGGGGGGAUGUAGUGAGUUUUGUGAAGGCAUGGUGGAAAGGAGAGGUGACAUUGGAGGAUGAAAACCGGACUUGUAUUGUCCUUAUCCCGAAAUGUAAUGAUCCUAAGAGUAUAACGGAGUUUCGGCCGAUUAGCUUGUGCAAUGUGUUAUACAAAAUAGUUUCCAAGAUGAUGGAAAAUCGCCUAAAACCGAUGCUUGAAACUAUCAUCUCAAUUGAACAGAGUGCUUUUGUGCCGAGACGCCUCAUCACCGGUAAUGCUUUGGUGGCCUUUGAGAUCUUCCAUGCUAUGAAAAGGAGGGGGGAGGGGAAGGAGGGCACGGUGGCGAUGAAGUUAGAUAUGAGUAAGGCAUAUGAUAGGGUUGAAUGGGGCUUCCUAGAGAGAGUGAUUAAGGCGGCGAGGGACAAGCUACUCCACGGUGCUCGAGUGUGCAUGGGUGCUCCGAGGGUGUCGCAUCUUUUCUUCGCGGAUGAUAGUAUCCUCUUAGCAAAGGCAAACUUGCAAGAAUGCUCUAAAAUUGCUGAAAUUAUCAGUACAUACGAGAGAGCAUCCGGUCAAAAAGUUAAUCUAAGCAAGACAGAAGUUGCCUUUAGUAAGUGUGUACGAAUGGACCGUCGGAAAGAGAUUGUGGAAACGCUUGGUGUGAGGGAGGUGAACAGACAUGAAAAGUAUUUGGGGCUGUCUACGAUCAUUGGAAGGUCAGAAAAAGUAAUAUUUACUUGCUUGAAGGAACGAAUUUGGAAGAAACUCCAAGGUUGGAAAGAGAAGCUUUUAUCGCGGCCCGAGAAGGAAGUGUUGAUCAAAGCUGUGGCACAGGCUAUUCCCACUUAUAUGAUGAGUGCAUUGCUAGCCAAACAAGGAUUUCGGCUCCGGGAUGGUAACGAAUCGUUGCUGUGUCGGGUGUUAAAGGCAAAGUACUACAAAAAUUCUGAGUUUGUCGAUGCUAGACGUGGGCAUGAUCCAAGCUACACUUGGAUGAGCAUUUGGGGGGCGAAAUCGCUGUUGUUGGAAGGUCUGAAAUGGAGGGUGGGCAACGGUACAUCAAUACGGGUAUGGGAUGACGCAUGGUUACCGGGAAAUGGGUCUCAUUUCGUGCCUACACCGAGGAGUACAAGCGACCCGGAGCUGCGUGUGUCGGACUUGAUUGAUUUUGAGGGCCAAAGGUGGAAUGAAGAGGUUCUCAGGGAAGUGUUUGUAGAGGAUGAGCAGCAGUUGGUGCUUGAUUUACCGCUCUCGCCUUCGUGGCCGAGGGACUUGCUGUAUUGGUGGCCCACUUCAAACGGCAUAUAUAGUGUCCGUUCAGCUUACUGGUUGGGGAUGUUGGGACGCACUCGCACGUAUGAGCUAUAUUAUGGGACGCGAGAUAAGGAGCUAUGGUCCUAUGUUUGGAGGCUCAAUGGUCCGCCAAAAUUGAGUCACUUUUUGUGGCGCGCAAGAAGAGGUAGCCUCGCAACAAUGGGCGUUCUAUUCGGGCGUCACAUUAGACAAGAGAAGGCUUGCCCAAUAUGUGCGGCUGACGAAGCAUCCAUCAUACACUCCCUAUUUGACUGCAAGCAUGCCUCCACAAUUUGGGGAUGUAGUGAAUUCGGGGAUGUGUUAGUUGAUGCUCCGAGGUCUUCCUUUGCGGAUAGGUUCGUCUGGAUCGCUGGUAAGAUCGACAAAGAAAAGCUCCGCAACUUCUCCUCCCUGGUUUGGGCGGCUUGGUGCUGCCGUAAUAGGGCUAUCUUUGAAGAUGCUAAUGUUGAUGUUGUGUGCCUGGCCACAGGUUUUGUGCAGCUGGUGGAUGAUUACCAUGCAUAUAAGGGGAAGGUACUGGACGCCCCCCCUACGGGUACCGUGAAAGUUAAUGUUGAUGCCCACCUGACCGCGGGGAGGGGGGUCGGUUUUGGAGCGGUUAUUCGGGAUGCUGAUGGGAAAGUAUUGGUGGCGGCGGUGAUGCGAGUGGGGGAAAAUUUCGGGGUGGAAAUGGCCGAAGCGGGGGCAACGCGAUAUGGGGUGGAGUUGGCAAGGCGAUUGGGCUAUCAGAAUGUGGUGCUGGAGUGCGAUGCUCUGAAUGUGGUGCGGGCCAUUGAGAAGCAGGAGGUUGGCGCCUCACCGGUUUUCCUCUUCUAUGAAGAUAUUGGCCGUAUGUGUCGUUCUUUCAAUUUAUUUAUGUGUAUGCAUGUAAGAAGAGCAGACAAUACGGCUGCCCAUCUAGUUGCUCGAUGGGAGACCGAUAUUGGCUCGGAGCGUGUUCGGAUGGACUGCUUUCCCCAAAGCCUAAUUACUUUGGCAUAG